AAUCCUUCUCGGUGUUAGAUAAAGCCGUCCCAGUCCCUGUUGCAGCUUACAACAAUAGCAGAUCAUACAUACAGUAGAGACAGAUCCUUUUCUUCAGCCUCGUCAGAAUAAACCGUCCAGUCUCGCCUGGAUUUGUUACUGUCAGCCUGCAGAUAUUGCGGAAACACUGAGGUAGAGCUCUGAAAGUAACCGGAGUAGUUGAGGACAAAACUUGUGCCAUCUCUAAGAGAAGAAAGGAUGGAAAAAGAAGAAAUUCAUAUGAAAGUUGAGAGCAAGAUCAAAUCGGAUGAGAAGACAGAAAAGACUGAGGUGGAAAUUGAGGUGAAGAGCAAAUCAUUGGAGAAAGAAGAUCUUAAGCAUAAAGAUGACAAGAAAGAAAAAGAUGUGCAUAAGGAGUCUAGCAAGAAGGAAAAACAUAAAGAGAAGAAAAGUAAUGAGGACGUAGAUGAAGAAGACAAGAAAAAGAAGAAAAAGGAGAAGGAUAAGAAAGAUGCAGAGGAUGAAGAACUGGAAAACGAUGAAGACAAACCAAGAAAAGAUAAGAAGGAUAAGGAGAAGAAACACAAAGAUAAGAAGGAAAAGAAGGAUAAAGUAAAGGAAAGCAAGUGUGAGGGAGAGACAGAGGGUGAAAAGGAUGAGGAAGCAGAUGAUGGAAAAGUUAAGAAGAAAGAUGAAGAGAAGAAACACAAGAAAGAGAAGGAUACAAAAAAGGAAGAGGAGACUGAGGGUGAAGCUGUUGAGCGAGUAACUGAAGAGAAGGGUGAGGAAGUGCAUGAUAAAGAAAAAAAGGACAAAGCAAAGAAAGACAAAAAGGAGAAGGAUAAGGAAAAGAAAACUAAGAGCAAAGGCACAUCAGAGGGAGAAUUGAAAGAAGAGAACGAUGAUGAAAGAGAGGAGGAGAAGAAAGACAAGAAAGAGAAGAAAGACAAGAAGGAUAAGGAAAAGAAAACUAAGAGCAAAGACACAUCAGAGGGAGAAUUGAAAGAAGAGAAGGAUGAUGAAAGAGAGGAGGAGAAGAAAGACAAGAAAGAGAAGAAAGACAAGAAGGACAAAGAAAAGAAAAUGAAGAGCAAAGAUGAGGCGUCAGGGGGAGAAUCCAAGGAGGAGAAGGAUGAAGAAGCACAUAAUAAAGAAGAGAAGAAGAAGAAAGAGAAGAAGGAUAAAGAAAAGAAAGCUAAACACAAAGAUGUAUCUGAUGAAGAAUCCAAGGAAAAAAAGGACAAUGUAGACAAAGGAGUGCAUGGGGCUGAAGUCUCCACAAGAGAUAUUCAUGUAGAUGGAACUGAAGCAGAGGGAAUAUGUAAGGUCGAAAAGAAGGAAAAGGAAUGCAAGGAUGAGAAAAAAGAUAAGACUGAGAAGAAGAGAAAACUUGAAGACAAGAGCAAAUGCAAAGGUCUCGACAAACUGAAAAGCAAGCUGGAGAAAAUUAAUGCCAAAAUGGAGAGUCUAGAGCAGAAAAGAGCAGACAUCCUGAGACAGAUAAAAGAAGCUGAAGAUCAGAACACAGCUCUUGCUGAGGUUCAUGGAAAUACAGAAGGGAAGGCUUCUGUUGGGGCAGACGAUAAACAUUAGGUUGCAUAUCAGCAUAUGUAUUACUACUUUUUAUAUUUGAAUAUGGUUUUUAUGGAUGCUAUAUACACUGGAUUUUCAUAUCUAAAUAAAGUUCAAUGUUUUGAUAUCUGA